AUGUCGGUCACAAAAAUCCCUGCUUUGGCUUCCCAUUGCAAAGAAGGGGCGACUGAGGGCUCGCCUGAAGCCGACAAUGUGUCUCUAGCCCGCUACAAGAUCCCCGUUAUCGAGAACCUGGGCGCCACCCUGGACCAGUUCGACGCCAUCGACUUCUCCGACAACGAGAUCCGCAAGCUGGACGGGUUCCCGCUGCUGCGGCGCCUCAAAACCCUCCUCAUGAACAACAACAGGAUCUGUCGGAUCGGGGAGGGACUGGAACAGGCCUUGCCCUAUCUCACAGAGCUCGUUCUUACCAACAACAACAUCGCUGAACUGGGUGAACUGGAUCCGUUAUCAUCUAUUAAAUCAUUGACUUACUUGAGCAUUUUAAGGAACCCUGUAACAAAUAAGAAGCAUUACAGAUUGUAUGUAAUCCACAAAGUUCCUCAGGUCAGAGUGCUGGAUUUUCAGAAAGUGAAGCUCAAAGAGCGACAGGAGGCAGAGAAAAUGUUCAAGGGCAAACGGGGUGCACAGCUUGCAAAGGAUAUUGCCAGGAGAGCAAAAACCUUCACUCCAGGUGCUGGUCUCUUGACUGACAAGAAGAAAUCCGGGCCCUCGCCUGGGGACGUGGAAGCAAUUAAGGCUGCUAUAGCAAAUGCUUCAACUCUAGCCGAAGUGGAGAGGCUGAAAGGCUUGUUGCAGUCCGGUCAGAUACCCGGCAGAGAACGAAAACCAGGCCCCUCGGAGGACGCUGAAGAGGAAAUGGAGGAGGACCCUGUUCCCAACGGCUCCUAA